CCAGUCAAGAAUGCAAGAUUGGCAAUUGGCUGGCCCGAACCUCCUCCAUCCCUAUACUCCUCCACCGUACACAUCUCACGCGGUAAUAGAAGCGUUGCUUCACUAGCUCGAGCGCUCACCAUCUGCCACGAACAGGCCCCGCUGGUGUUCGACUUGUCUGGCAUUGCGUUUGGUCGAGCCACACCACUUUCAUCAUCAUGAUCGCAGCAAGGCGUGCUACUGGCCAGUCAUCGCUCACUCGAGCGGCGGCUAGCAUCGCUGGGUCCAGUCCGGCAUCAGCCCAGCUGUCUGCUCUGCGGUUCAAAGCACCAUCCACCAGCGCCACUCUUCAUUUGAGCCGUGCCUGCGCUCAACCUCUCCCUAGAUUGCCGCACAAUGCCGGUCUCAGAUCCAUCGCUCUUUUCCAUUCUUCCGCUGCCAGGCUCGAAGAGACGGUACCCGUGCCGCAGAUGGCAGAGUCGAUCACCGAAGGUACGCUAAAGCAGUGGACAAAGAAGAAGGGCGACUUUGUCAGUCAGGAUGAAGAAGUAGCCGUCAUCGAGACUGACAAGAUCGAUGUCACUGUGAACGCGCCUCAAUCUGGUACCAUCACCGAGACGCUGGCCAAUGAGGAAGACACUGUGACAGUUGGACAGGACCUCUUCAAGCUCGAACCUGGAGAUGCUCCGGCCGAAGGCUCUAGCGGAGGCAAAGAGGAGUCCAAGGACGAAGGCAAGGAAAAGGAAGAAGCUGACCAGAAGAAGCAGAAGCAGGAGCAAGAGCAGCAACAGAAAGAGCAGCAGCAGCAAAAAGAGCAACAAGAGUCUGAUAAGAAGAGCAAGGAGGAGCAAGGCUCCAAGAAGAAGGACCAAGAGCAGGCAAAGAAGAAGGACGAGGGCAAGAAACCAUCGGGAGGUGAUGGUGCCAAGUCUACCUCUGGUCCCUCCGCACCUGUCGACCCUGCUCCGGCUACGCGCGGAAGUCGAGAUGAGAGGAGGGUCAAGAUGAACAGGAUGAGAAUGAGAAUCGCAGAGAGGCUGAAGCAGUCUCAGAACACUGCUGCCAGCUUGACCACCUUCAACGAGAUCGACAUGUCCGCCAUCAUGGCUUUCAGGUCCAAGCACAAGGAUAGAAUCCUGAAGGAGCAAGGCGUCAAGCUGGGCUUCAUGGGUGCUUUCGCCAGAGCUAGCGCCUUGGCACUAAAGGAAAUUCCUGCUGCCAAUGCGAGCAUCGAAGGAGAGGGACUGGGAGACACGAUCGUCUAUAGAGAUUACGUCGACUUGAGCGUCGCCGUCUCCACCGAAAAGGGUCUCGUCACUCCCGUCGUGCGCAGCGUGGAGGAGAUGGGAAUCCUUGACAUUGAGCGUGAGAUCGCGGCACUGGGCAAAAAGGCACGCGACAACAAAUUGACUUUGGAAGACAUGGCCGGCGGAACAUUCACCAUUUCCAACGGAGGCGUCUUUGGUAGUCUCUUCGGCACUCCCAUUUUGAACCUGCCAGGUUCUGCCAUCUUGGGCAUGCACGCCAUCAACGAGAAGCCAUGGGUGGUGGACGGGCAAGUCGUCAUUCGUCCCAUCAUGGUCGUCGCCUUGACUUACGACCAUCGACUCUUGGACGGUCGCGAAGCUGUUACUUUCCUUGUUCGCUUGAAACAAUACCUCGAAGACCCUGCGCUCAUGGCUUUGUAGCUUCAUCUGCACUUAUGCCCUCUCUCUCUCUCCUUCAUUGUCGGGAGCGUCUUUAGAUAUGAGCAAAGAAGAAUCGAAUUUUGACGCAACGCCUCGGACGUUGUUCGGAGCUGCAGGGCGUGGCGUGAUUUUGCCUGAGAAUGGCGGCAACUUGCUCGAAAGCUCAGCAUUCGCUCAAAGAUUGUCGAG